CACGUUGGCGGCACUGAGCGCCGGAAGUGUAGGGAAGGACGCGAACGCCGCUGCACACUUCCGGUAUCGCCAUCUUUACACUUCGGAAGCGUGUGGUGUUGCGUCCUGUUUUAUCGCGUUAUUUUACGGAGACAUUGACUUGGUUCUCGUACGAGCUGCAAAAUGCCAGGUUUUAGCAGCGUUGGCACGUUCAAAAUCUUCAUUGGCAAUUUAGCCGACAAAACCUCAAAUGCUGACAUCAAGCCACUCUUUGAGAAGUAUGGCAAGGUUGUGGAAUGCGAUGUGGUAAAGAAUUAUGGCUUUGUGCAUAUGGAAAAUGAAGAAGCAGGACGAAACGCAAUACAGAAUCUGAAUGGGCACAUUGUCCACGGACAACCAAUCAAGUGCGAGGCGGCGAAGAGUCGUAAGGGACCGAACACUCCCACGACGAAGAUCUUUGUCGGUAAUCUUACAGACAACACGAAGGCGCCGCAAGUACGCGAGCUGUUUGCCAAAUAUGGCACAGUCGUCGAAUGCGACAUCGUAAGAAACUACGGUUUCGUUCAUCUGGAGGCAACCGGGGACGUGAACGAUGCCAUCAAGGAGCUGAACGGGCAGAUCGUCGAUGGCCAACCGAUGAAGGUCCAGAUCUCGACGAGCAGAGUGCGACAGAGGCCAGGCAUGGGGGAUCCGGAGCAAUGCUACCGUUGCGGACGAGGCGGUCACUGGUCCAAGGAAUGUCCCAAAGGAGGUAUGGGAGGUGGUCCAGAUAGGAAUGGAUACAGGGACAGAAUGUUCGGACGUGAUCCUUAUCCACCACCACCACCACCACCAUUCCUGCGGGACCGACUCAUGGGAGGUGGCCGCUUUGGGGAUUACGAUACCUACUACGAAAGGAGAGGCUUCGAGGACAGCAGGGAUCUCUACGAGAGGCGGUUUACGGGUAUGGGAUCCAUGCGUGACACUGGCUUCUCCCGUGGCAAUGAGUAUGGGAUGUUCAGCCGCCGAUCACCUCCUCCGAGUGGCAACAACGGCCGGUUCAGUAGAGGCAUGUACGAGGACUUCAGCCGAGAUUCGUUUGAAGAGCGUAGUCAAACUUGCAGACUCGGAGCAGGUCUACUGAAUCGGAUUCGGCUGGAGGUCGCUUCUCUACACCCGGCCAGCGGCAGGCGGAGAGGCGCCCGGUCUGUUCCGUAACUGUAAUGCACAGUCACAGUGUGAAACACCCAAAGUUACUUUAAGAGAGAUACCGAACACACACACAUACACAAAGAGACAGAGAGAGUGUCCUCAGAGAUAACCGAACGAGCCUUUGUCACAGUGGCUUUGGAACACGAACGUGUAAGAGAACCAGGCGCACUACUCGAUCAUCUCUCUCUCUCCGUACUAAGAUGUGGUGAGCAGACUCCUGUCUGAUAAUAAGUAGAUUAUUCCGAAUCCGAUGGAAAGAUUCGCCGGUUUCUCUCUUUUUGUACUCUAAAUCUAAUAGCGCGAGGAGAAUGGUCGGACCUUCCUUGUCGGCGAAGAGUUUUGCGAGUUUGAUCGGUGCAUAGCGAGCGCGUCGACGCCCGUUAACUUUGGCUUUACCGUUACCUAGCAUACGUACGGAAUCGUUUCGUCGCGAUCGGGAAAAGUCUGGCACACUGAUCGUUGACGAGAACGUACGCAAAAGAUGCCUCAGAACCAAAAGAUGUUUUUUUAUUCGUGAUUCAAUUGAAGAGAACGAUGUCACCCACUUGCUUUAAAACGUGCGAAUAUUUUUUAUUGGGUAAGUCAAAAUUGUAUCUCAAGAAGUAGAAAUUAAAUUAUAAUUAUUUUCAAAUUCUUUAUCUAUAAAAAGGGGGAGAACUACUAAAAGGGAUGAUUUUCCCGCGAAAUUGUCACACAAUUGGUUUUGAGGCAAUCUUACUUUAUACUCAAGUCCUUUUCCCUCCUUUUUUUAAUAUUUUUUUCAAGCGACUUAUAUAUCUCUUCGCACAUAAUCGAAUGUGCCGCUUAGGCUAGUUAAUACCCUCGACCCACGAUACGUCGACUCGGCGUACUUGACGAGACUCGAGGCUCGUUGAUGCGCGGGUACGCGGGGAAAAAGGUGCGAUGCUGAAUCGCGCGCGUAUAUUUCACGCGUGCGUGAGUCGUGCGGAAAAAAAUCGACUCGGUGAACAUGGAGAGUCGAACAAUGCACGCACCCGGAGAGCGCUUCGUCGGAUAUUAUCGACAUAUAUAUAUAUCGGCUGUAAUGCAAGCACUCUGUCGAGGAUUACGGUAAUGCCGGUGCCGGGGAGUGAUCGUCGAGUAAGCGAAGGUCUGCCCGGAAGUCCGCAGUCUCGUGGCCCAUUUACGUGGACGUGCGAGACUCCGACGGUUAUGCGGCUCGUCGUCAUCGUCGUCGUCGUUGCCGUCGCCAUCGUCGUCGUCGUCGCCACCUUUGUCGUCGUCUUCGUCGUCCUCGUCGUCCUCGUCGACUUCGCCUUCGUCGUCGCCGCCGCCGCCGUCGCCGCCGCCUCGUCGUGGUCUGUAAAGUUACGCAGCCCGAGUUGCAAACGGUUCGGGACACACGCCGGCCGAGAAACUCGAUGAGAUGAGAAGUUCCGUGUCCAGAGUCUGUAGCUGUAUCGCUGCGAUAUAUCUCAGACACGCCGGCACCUCGCAGGUGCUUAAAAAAAAGACCAAAGUACCCAGUCCCUCGGCGGAGUUCUCGCUGGAGGACACCGAGACCGUGAAUUGCCGAUCGGAUCCGUGCACGGAUUUUUGAGAGACGAUCGGCGCAAGAAAAAGCGGAUGUACGGAUCGGGACACGGGUUACCCUCCCUUGACACGUCGCGUGAUAGAAAACGGGAAAAAAGGAAACGGGAAAGCGAACACACACAUUGACUCGGUCGUCGUCAGUUGCCGCAUUACCAAAAAAAAAA